UUCACAGAACAAUAAAUUUAGCUAACAAAUGUCACUCGUGUCAUUUUCAGCCACAAAUGCUGCCCGGACCUCCGGCAAAAACAACGGCGACGGCAAGAUAAAGAAGGUGAAAGUCAACGGAUACUUCCAGAAUAUGAAUGUAUUGGAGUAUUUGCCAAACUUAAUAUCAAAGAGAGAUGAUAUAUCAUCUUCUUGCGUUGAUAAGAAAGAUCAAUCGAAGUAAAUGAACAUGAAGAUGCAAAUUAAGUGAGAAUAUAAAAGUUGCCAGUCAGCUUAAGAUGAUGCCGCCACCAUCUUCUCAUCAAUGGGCUUAUGAUGUGUAUGUGAGUUUUAGGGUUGAAGACAUCCGCAAAACCUUCAUGGAUCAUUUCUUUACUGCCUUUAAAAGAUUAGGAAUUCAUGUGUAUGAGGAAAAUGAUCAGUUAAAUAGAGAAGAGGCAUGUAUCGAACACUAUAAAGUCAUUGAACAGUCGCGGUUUUUGAUAGUUGUCUUCUCACACAACUAUGCUCUAUCAAUACCGUGUUUGAAAGAACUCGUUAAAAUCCUUGAGUGCAAGGAGUGGAAGAAGGAGAGAUGUGAAGUUUGGCCUAUUUUUUAUGAUGUGAAGCCAUCAGUGGUUCGUAAUCAAACUGGAAGCUAUAAAGAGGCGAUGAUGAAGCAUGAAGCCUCAGAUAAAACAGAGGUUGUGAAAUGGAAGAGAGCUUUAACCAUUGCUGGGAACUUAUCAGGACAGGAUCUCCAAGAUACAACCAACGGGCAUGAGUCAAAGUUCAUUGAUAUAAUCUCAAAGGAGAUAUUUAGUAAACUAAUUGAUGAUCCUAUACGUGUUGGUGACAUCCUAGUUGGAUUGGAUGCUCGUGUAGAUAAAAUGGACUUGCUACGAUUUUGGGAGCCAAAUAAGGUUCAUAAGAUAGGGAUAUGUGGCAUUGGUGGUAUAGGAAAGACAACCAUAGCCAAAGUUAUCUAUAAACUUAUGCAUAAACAAUUUGAAGCAUGCAGUUUCUGUGAAGAUGUUAAAGGUAUAGUGAAUAAAAACGGACUUGUUCAUCUCCGUAAGAAACUUCUUGACGACAUUGUAAGGGAUAGGGAAUUAAGAAUACAGAGUGUUGGCGGAGGUAUGAAGGGUAAAAAGGUCCUUAUUGUACUUGAUGAUGUGGAUAAUCUAAAUCAAUUUGAAGCUCUAGCAGGAAGUUUUGACCGGUUUAGUCAUGGAAGUAUGAUAGUGAUAACAUGCAGAGAUAGACAGUUGCUGAGAGCUUUUCAGGUAGAACACGUUUAUGAAGUUGACCUUUUGAAUGAUAAAGAAGCUCUUGAGCUGUUUAGCAAGUAUGCAUUUAGAGAUGAAAAUAGGCAUGACGCAUUUUUCGAACCUACGAAGAAGAUACUUCAUUAUGCUAAUGGACUACCUCUUGCAUUAAAAACUUUUGGCAGAUUUCUUUGCAACAAGACUCUACGUGAAUGGGGAUAUGAGAUUGAUAAACUUGAAAGUGGUCCUCAUGCUCUUAUUCAGAAAGUGCUUCAAAUAAGCUAUGAUGAGCUAGAUGCUGAUCAAAAGAACAUUUUUCUUGAUAUUGCAUGUUUUUUUAAUGGAGAAAAGAAAGAUUAUGUGGUGAAAAUACUAGAUGUAUGUGAACCAUUUUUUACAACUAAUCUCAGAGUUCUAGUUGAUAAAUCGCUAGUAACUAUUCGUGAAGAUCGGAUACACAUGCAUAAUUUGGUCCAAGAAAUGGGUCGGCAAAUAGUACGUGAAGAAUCGAAAGAUCCAGGGAAGCGGAGCAGGUUGUGGUCUCCUACAGAUGUGCUUGACGUAUUGAUUAAUGAUAAGGGAACUGAAUUGGUUAAAGGCCUGGCACUAGACCUUUCAUGUUCUGAUGUUAAUAUUUCUUGUCAAAGCCUUACAAAAUUGAAAAAUCUCCGAUUACUAAACAUAUAUAGAACUUUGAAUUACUUUAGAGACACCAGUGCCAUACCCUGCAAGGUGGGCACUGCUUCUGGACAGCUUGAAUAUUUGUCCAGUGAACUACAGUUUCUUUGUUGGCAUGGGUACCCUUUUCAACAUUUACCGUCAUUAUUCUGUCCUGAAAGCCUCCUUGUACUUGAUAUGUCAUACAGUUGCAUCAAACAAAUCUGGAACCGAUCGAAGGGUUUCAAAGAGCUGACAUUAUUGAAGCUCAGUCAUUGUCGCAACAUAAGUAAGACACCAGACUUCACAGGAACUCCAAAUCUCAAAGAGUUGAUGUUUGAUGGCUGUGAAAAUUUGGUUGUAAUUCACCCAUCAAUUGGAACUUUAAAGAUGCUUAUUCUCUUAAAUUUAGAAAACUGUAAAAACCUUAGGAUUCUUCCCAGUAUAGCUCAAUUGGAAUCACUUGAAAAUCUCAUCUUCUCGGGAUGUCCAAAAAUGGAAAAUUUGGUCGGAAUUCACCCAUCAUGGCAUUCUUUCUUUUCUCUUACAUAUUUUUUGAGAAGAAUUGGUUGUCUCCCUGCUUUGGUGUUGUCUUCUCUGUCGACUUUAGGUGUACUAAGAGUUCUAGAUGUUAGCCAUUGCAAUCUAUCAGGCGCUAGCCUACGUCACCUGGAAACUUUAUGUUCACUUGAAGAGUUAAAUAUGAGUGGAAAUGAGUUUACCAAUAUUGAUGCAAACUUAAGUCAGCUUUCUCGACUUUCAUGUCUGAGAAUGGUUGGUUGCAAGAAGCUUCAAUUUCUGCCCAAACUUCCUUCUUCGAUCCUAAACCUUGAUGCACAACAUUGCACUUCACUCCAGGAACUACCAAAGCUAUCUGCUAUGUACUGUGCCGGCUGUGCUGUCUUCGAUUUUAAGAAUUGUCCAAAAGUGGUUGAGAAACAGGCCAUCGAAAAUCUUCUUACAACGUUUCUGCCUCAGGGAUGGAUUGAUAUAUUUGAAAAGGUCCAUGUAUUUCUUUCCGGGAGUAGAAUUCCAGGGUGGUUCAGUGAUCAAGUUAUGGGUGAUUGUAUAAAGGUUGACUUGCCACCUCACUGGUGCUAUGAGAAGUUAAAGGGAUUGGCUACAUGUGCUGUUAUUAGUCCUCAAAACCAUGGUAGCAGAAGUACAUAUUUUGAGAUCUUCUGUACUGUCAAAGACUUCCAUGGUGAUGUCAUUGGUGAGGUGUCCCUUUUGGCAACCGAUGAUCCUAAUAUUGAGUCAGAUCAGGUAUGGCUUUGUUACAGGAAAUCUGACUUUAGAUGGAAGAAAGCAGAGAAUCAUAUCAUGGUUUCAUUUAAAUCUGUUGGCAUCAACUGCAAGGUGAAACAUUGUGGUGUGAGAUUUGUAUGUGAAGAAGAUGAACAAGAAGCAGCAAAUGGUUUGCACAUGAUCACAUGGUUCCAUACUUCUACGGCAAAGACUGAUGGGGCUGGUAAUCUGAAUCUCGAUGUCGGAUCAGUAACCAUUGAACAUGGACCCCAACGGAAGAAAUUUCGUGUCCUAUAGUGGGCCCUACUCAAAUUGUGAAUUGUCUGGCUCAAUCGUAUAGAGGUGGUAGUGGCGUGCUUUGUCAACCGACGGGAUACCAAUCUUGUAGCCAAAACUAGCAUGGACGGGUCGGGAGGGAAUGAUCAACCCGUAAGAUUUACGACACUGCUAGACCAGUUAAAGUCCUUAUAUCACAGGAAGCAUAUACGUAACUAAGUUAUCUUGUUGCUAUAGUUUGUUUCUCAAUUGUCUGCUUCCUUGCAUUUGCAUUCAUUUUACUUUUCUUUUUCUUCUUAUUUUCUUCAAUGGGUAUAUUUUUGUCUUUUUAUAUCAAGUAUUUCUUUUUUCCUUUUGGUCUACUACUAUUAUCAAAUUUUCCAUGUCUUUACAUGCUACACGUUAUAGUUAACUUUUAAUUUAUUUAUUGAAUUUGAAAUGGUGGGUUUGAUUUUUCGGGGUGUCUAGAUCAUGUGGGAAUUAAGAUAAAAGUAUUGUACUAGAAUCAUAUGACUCAUACGGAGUA